UCCCCUGCACCCCGCUCAAGACACCUGCCGACCCCAACAACCCCAAUAACUCAACACUCCUCAUCUCCGCCCGUACUAUCUCCGGAUCGAUUACCACUCCCGCCUGCUCCACCUGUCCCACCGACACCAUCUCUCGUUAUUCCAGAGGACCCAGAACCAAUCAACCGCUACUCCCUUCGUCGCAGGGAGGCACGUCAGCUUCAACCGUACGCGUAUGACAAGGCGCAGUACAAGGCGCAGAUGAAGGCAAAUCCUGAUGCAAUUGUGAAGUUUGUGAGUCCGCAGCGUCACGAGAUGCAUGGAGAAGAUGCGUCACAGUGGGCGGAUGGGCAAACGCAAGGCGAAACGCAAGCAGAGUAUAUAUUUCCUGUUGAUAAUCCGGAGGAGGACCAAGAUUACGUGGAUGUGGAAGGAAAGCGGCGGAACAGGCGAGUCGCCAUUGCCGAAGCUGAUCAUCAUAACCGUGAACGGGAGGAAGCAUGGCUUCCUGAGGCUCUCAAAGAUCUGUCUGAAAGCGAUGAGAUUGAGGGAGCAGACGAAGUUCGCAAAUUGGCGAGGGAGGCGAGGAGGGCUCGGAAGAAGGCUGAGGCUGAGGCAAAAAAAAGGGAGAAGGAAGAAGCUCGCUUGAGGGCGCAGGAAGAGGCAAAUGCGAAAGAAAUUGCCACGAAGAGACGUUUGAAGAAUUUCCCUCUGGCAGCUUCAUCGUCAAAGCACUCUCGUGCUAUACGGUCUUCUUCCCGCUUGCCCUCACCCUCACGUUCCCUUGAUGCUGGUCCUUCACAGCUUCAGUCCCGUUCGCCGGCAAGGAAUCCCCCUGUGACCGACGAAUACGAGUAUCACCAAGAUAAUGACUACGACUACUACAAUUUCUUCGACCACAACGACCACGACCACAACAAUGCAGAGAACGUCAAUCCUGAUACCGACAACGAUGCAAUUGAAAUCCCCUCGGCACCGUCGACACCACCACGCUCCUCGUCUACAUUGCCUGACAAGGACGAUCACUUGGAUUUGUCCGAUGAUCCGCCCACCCGUGAGUCGCGCGAGGAGUCCAGCAGUCCUUCGCUCCAAAUAUCCUCCAAAGAUCGCAAGCGUUUCCGCCUCUUACAGCGUAUGAUGCCUGCUGUCAUGAUCACGAAGCAGCUCAAGCAGCAGGGCUCCCAAGCAAAAAUCCCCGCCAGCAUGAAAAGAGUGCGUUCUCCAACGCCGUCUGAUAGCGGCGACGAGCCCUUGAGACCUGGAUAUGCACGCGUCCGAAUGGGUACUGGCGGACGUGAUGCUGUGAUUCAGGGAGACCCUGAGAGCUCGGAUUUCGAAAUCCCUCGGGAUGAGGACAUGGACGUUGAUGCGGAGGUUCCAGAGAUCGCAUUACAAGUUCAUCGGCGGACGUUUCCAAAAUUUACAUCAAGGUCGCCGGCCAUUAGCAUUUCUUCCAGUUCCGAGAGUGGAUUGGAAAGUGAUGAUGAGGACAGCGACGGUAUGAUCGACGAUGCACGGAUCGACGCAUGGAGUCGGAGUCGCCGCCCUAUGCGUGAGAAGAGCCUGAUUGAUUGGAUGCUUACGCGGACUAGGACGGUGGGUGGUGGGAGAAAGAAGAAGGCCAAGUCAAGUCGGAGGUCCCAAGGUUCUGGUGUAAAAUCACGAGCCCUGGGCGAAAGCAGAGGUGAACGCUCAAGGCCGAAGCUCAACAUUGUAACAGGUGGCGCGCGAAUGAGCAACCAGACCCUUCUCUCGUUCCCCACUAUUUCUUCUGACCAUGACCAUCGCCCUCGUCAUUCACAUCACAAUAAGGUCCACAAGAAGACAGAACCAAUGAUAUCGGCGGAGCAUGAGGCCAAGGCACUACGGAAGGAAAGGAGGAGGAAGAAGCGCAAAAAUGACCAAGGAGAACUCUACAUUUUUCACCAAUCUGGCACGCAUAUCGCGAGAAGAGGUUUGCGAAUCGAUCUGGGUGAUGAAGGAUUUCAUCAGGCACUGGACCCGACUUGGAGGAAGGAGAUGGAUAGGUGGCAAAAGCAGCCUGGAUCAACGCGGCAGCCUGCGUCUACGAGAAAACCACGUAUUCGGCCCCGUCCCCCACCCUCCCGGGUCGAUUCCCGGCGUAGCCACGUUGACUUUGAUAUGCAGCCAGAUCCUCUGCGCGAACGAUCACCACCUGUGCGGAGGAAGGGCUAUAACGAUGUCCACGAAUUUAUGCAUGCUAUAGAUCAACGGACGUUGUUAACCACAGUCGACUUGGGUAUCGAUUCCCUGCCCUCAGGAAUUUCAUUCUCGGCCGGAACAUAUAUUGGCCGUGGAUCUCUUCACCAGCUGAUAUGCCUUAUUACGGGGCAUACUCAGCCUGUUGCCCCCACGCCAUAUGUUAUUCGAGGGUUCGACCUUGGACCUGAUACAUCGGUACAUAUCCUUACGACUGUAUUUGCACCCUUGUGCGAUCAGCUUGCGGAUGACGUGCUCAAAGGACACGAAUGGACGGCUGCGGCUGGGAAGGAUUGGGAACUCGCGAUGCGAACGGUGUGCCAGUUGGUAUCGUGGCAGUGUCUCAGCAUCGGCGACCAGGAAUUCAGUUCGCUGGAGCUCACGAUACACGAGACUAUGGGUUCUUUGGUGGCGCGGGUGUUGGAGGCGGAUCUUCAUCAUUUUUCGUUGCUGGUUUGCUGGUUUGCAGUGGAGCUCGCUGCACGAAUCACGCACGCCGCAAGGACUCGGCGGGGAUCAUCAGAGACCCGAGAGUUGUUCAAAUUCGCGCUCUUGCUCAUGCGGCCUCUGACAGAUGUAGACCUCCGGGAGACUCUAGAAUCGUUUAAGGAACCCGAUGGCCCUCUGGAGACCAACUCAACUCCCGUUCAGGUUGUAGAGUCGUGGAUAUGCCUCUUUCACCUCUUGAUUAACUGCACGUCUGAGUCUCCUGGCAAACUAUCAUCGGAGCCAUUUUGGCUUUUGUUCAAACAGUUGAUCCAAGACGAAGCAUUAUCUUUCACUACUGCAGUUGAGGCGAGCGAGUACGUUUGGCGGAAUAUGUUCUCUUUUUGUGCCCUCUCUCAGUUCUCUGUGCACGGGAUGUCGACAUCCCUCAGUAGAAUCGCACCUUCAUGGGACACGGUUUUGGCUACACUGAAGCUCAUCUCCCUUGUUGCCGAUCCACAAAAGGAUGCCCUCACAAAUACCGCAUCCCUGAACAAACGAGACGAGUACGUUUCCGUCAUCGCUUCUCGAUGCUUCCUCCUGUGGAAGCGUUGGCAUUGGAGUUUGGACGAUGCGAUGAUAAUGUUCAACCACCUUGUGGAAAUCUUCAGGAGCCGUAGAUUUGCCAGCCUCCGGCACGAACAGCCCAAAUUCAUGCAGUUCAUGGUGCAAAGGGACAUAUCUUUACUUUCGGUCCAAGACAGGGGCGACAACGUGUUCGAAGUGCUCCUCAAGAUGAUCGUACAAGUUGCGCAAGCGGAUAGCACAAGUGACGCGGAGAAUAAACAGCGGGAUAUACAGGUGAAGAAAAUGUUAAAUAUGGUCGUUCCAGUUGGCUCGGUGUCAUCGACAAGGGCCAUUCAACCGACUGGGCAUGAAAGUUCUAUGCUUUUCAACCGGCUCAAUGCUAUGGCGGUGGCAAUUCAUCUUGAUCCGUCCACCUCCAACGUUCGACACCGUGUCGGGCAAGCUCGACGAUGCGUCAACUUCAAAGAAGCACACGAUUUUACCAGGGCUGUGUGCAUUCGAGGCAUUGAACAUAUUUGUGCUAUUAUGCGUCAUCACUGCGUACAGCUUGGAGACAUCCUCAGCUGGCUCGCCGAGGUUACCGACAUCCUGCUGGAUGAAUAUCAGGAAGCCCGUGCUCUAACGAGCAAGGAGAACAUGAAUAUCGUGAAGAAUAAGACAGUGGAGAUGAUCAAGGGUCUCCUCACGUCAGUUGUUCGUAUGAUUGAGACAUGCUCACUGGACACUAUGGAUGAGCGACACGAGUAUCCAGAUCCUGGCUUUCUAGAGGGACCAUGGGUAAAGGACGUCUUCAGUCCCAAAAAUCCUAUCGCCAUAGAGAACGACUCGAGUGCUGCGUGCCAAGAGGUGGUAUCAGCUUUUCUGGAUGCUCGAAUGAAAGCCUUACCCCGACCCGUCGCACCGCCGAUAUUACCGAGUGUCGAUAACCAGGAGAGCCAGGACGAGUACGACAAAUUCUUCAUCGACUUGAACGACCCUGAAAUCCUAGCUGCUCUUGGUGACGAGCCUGCACAGACUUCUGGAAUGGAGUGGAAGCGGAAAGAAGAAGCAGUUUGCAAGGUCUGCGGACCGCUGUCUUCAGCAAUAUUCCGGGUUGUUUGCAGAUAUGUAGUUGACUCGCCCGCACCAAGCAGAGUCGAUAGUCGCCGUGAGACAGCUGAUAGAUGGAUUGAUUGUUGGGUAGGAGUCGGAAAUGUGCUCGUUCACAACGGAUCGAGCUGGAAAAACCACAUGCACCUUGGGCCUGAAUCAUGGGAACGGAUCCCUGAUCCCUUAUGGCGUCGCCGGGUUGGUCUUCGAUUCUGUCUCGCACUUCUCAGACUUGACUCGAAGGCUUACAAUGCCUACGAGGACUAUUUUAUUGAAGUCCUCCUCGCAAGUACUGUUCCCUCCAAGACGACAAUCGAACACGAAUAUGCAUCCAUUGUAUUCACUCUGGACGGUCUUCGACACCCACUUCUACGUGGCGUGCUGGCCGAGCCGUCAACCGGAUCUUCCACAUUCAAAAUAUCGCUGGAAGAAUAUUCAACAAUGCGGCAGACGCUGAUUGAAUCGGUAUUCACCAAUGUCGCUGAGUGUUUGCAAGAUAACGUAGAUCCUGUCAAGCACAAGUAUCUUGGCUUCUUAGUUUCCAUGCUCUCAGCUAUGAGAGACAACUAUGAAGUUCGUGCAAUUGUCCUGAUUCCUGAUCUUGGAGCUAAUAACUUGAACACCAGGGCCUAUCAUCUGGGGAGGAACGAGCAACAUAUGCCGAGUUUUGUCGAAAGGUUUUUCGGGCGCUGUUGAGCAGGAAGCCACUGGCAUCUCAGCCACGGUUGUCAGAGCUCAUUCAAUGGGGGAAAACAACAAUGGCGAGAGAGGGUGAUGAUGACGGUGAUCAGCCUAUGGAGAGCUGAUUCGUGUGUCU